AUGGUGGCAAGUUACGGAGGUUCUUCGCUGCUUGCUCCCGUGACUAAAUACAUCGAUUUACCGUUAUAUCAGAUUAACUAUGUUGGCUCUCAGUUGUUUGGAUUGGUGUGUGCUGUCUGUCUACGUCUCCUGCUGCACCCAGUGAGAGUUGGUCCGACUGUGCGACAUGUUUUCACACUGGCCGUGGGUUUCAUUAUACUGUACCUCUGUAUCGGCUGGCAACUAUGGCACUGUCUGCUGCAGGCGACAGGAUGCUACAUUCUGCUGUUAGUUUUGCCGUCUAACCUUGUACAUAUAGCAGUUUUCGUAUUUGCCCUGGGGUAUCUACUUUGGUGCAAUGUUGUCCGUUUCAUGACCGCCAGUGAUGAACAGACAUUUGACCACUCCUUUCCUAUCACCGUGGCGACCCAGAAGUUAACAAGUUUAGCGUUUGGUAUUGCCGACUGGAGACGACAUCAAGAAUCUGGACUCCAGCUUAAACCAGAGCAGAAGGAAAGAGCUGUCAAAAAAAUGCCGACCAUGCUGGAGUUUUACAGUUUCAUCUUCGGAUUCCAAGGAGUGAUGGCGGGACCCUUCUGUUUCUUUACUGAUUUUAUUGAUUUCAUAGAAGGUCGGCACUUACAGAAAAUAGUCACGAGUGAUGAUUCUAAAAAUGAAAAGAGGAGACAUAAUAUUUCUCCGGUGGGAGCAGUGGGAUGGAAACUGUUGUCCAGCAUGGUGUUAAUAAUAAUCUUUAUAUACUUUGUUCCGUACUUCCCAGUGUCAGUUUUAGUAGAUGAUAACUUUACCAACAGUCACAAUUUCCUCUAUAAAGCCAUCUACCUGUACAUAUGUUUGUUUGGUUUUCGCGUCCGGUACUACAUUGGCUGGAUUUUAGCGGAUGCAGUCAACAAUGCGGCUGGGUUAGGCUUCAGUGGAUUUGACGAGCGCGGAGAAGCCAAGUGGGACCUGAUGACGAAUGUCAAACUCUUUAAAAUCGAGUUAGCGACCAGUUUUAAGAGCUACAUGGACAACUGGAACAUUCUGACGAUGGCGUGGCUGCGUCAUUCGUGCUACAUCCGCGCUCCAUUCCAGCCCGUGUUGUUGACGUUCAUCCUGAGCGCCCUGUGGCACGGCGUUUACCCCGGGUACACCAUUAUGUUCAUCACCUCGGCAAUCGUCACCAUUGUGGGCAGAAAGAUCCGUCGAAAUGUCCGUCCACUGUUCCAGACGACGACACAAUUGCAGUAUGUGUAUGCGGUGUUGACGUGGCUGGGGACGCAACUGACGAUGGCGUACGUCGUCGUGCCCUUCGUACUACUCGACCUCACACCCACACUCAAGUUUUACAACCAUGUGUACUGGUUUCUACAUGUCAUCAUUGUCAUUCUGGCUGUUGCCAUGCCAGCCGGUAAACCGUCGUCGCAGACACCAAAAUCACCAUCACCAAAGAGAAACUCUUACGAGGCUGGUACAAAUUCUGUGGGUCAAGGUCAUUCAGAGGAAACCGACAGUGAAGUCAAAUCAAAGGAUGUCUAGCAUUCAGUGGUUUUAGAUUAUUACAGCUAUUUUUAUACCAUAAUAUUAGUCCUUGUCAUAAAUGUGUGAUAGAGUGUAGAGCGAGACUGUAACGUCCUAGCCAACAUUAUACCCAACCGCUGUGUUUGCUGGUUACAGGUUUAAUUCAUUAAAAUGCCAAAAAUUAAUUCUUAAAAACUCUGUUGAAGUCUUCCAUGACCCAUAUAUACUUAUAAAUCUUUUGGUUGCCAUGACGUUAAAGUCUCAGACUCUGUUAGAGUCUUAAGUCUAGACUCUAAACGUUUUAUUGACACGGACCAUGCAGGGCUGAAUCAUAAGGCUUGUUCGCUUGGCCAAGACUUGUGGGGUUUUUUGUAGGACAAGAAGAUCGUUCUAACCAUUUGUCCACCCAGACAUGUUAACAAAAAAUCAGCAUACAUAAAUAUUGUUCAGACUUUUUAAACUGAUUUCACAUAGAACAAGUACAUUUUAGAUGAGACAAGUACAAAUGGAGAGUUACUUACAAGUUCUAGAGGACACGUGAAUGUCUAGAGUAGAUCUAGAGCCCUGCUUUGAAGCCAGAACAUGGGGCGGGAUGUAGCCCAGUGGUAAAGCGCCCGCCAGAUGCGCGAUCAGUCUAGGAUCGAUCCCCAUCGGUGGGCCUAUUGGGCUAUUUCUCGUUCCAGCCAGUGCACCAUGACUGGUAUA